AAAAAGGACAACUAUUCGGGAUUUAUGAUUAUAUAUACACACAACUCCAAAUUAAUUGCGUGUAACUAUAAGCCUUUAAAAUAAGCCUUUCGGAGUUAAUCAAGAAGAAACGAUGGACGUUAACUCAUAUUUUAAGGCCUUUGAGUCAAGUGUUUGCGGUUAUGUUGGAGAUGACCCCUUAGAUCCUUGGGACAAGUUUGUGCAGUUUCUAGAGAGCAAGCUGUCCCCUGAGGAGAGGAAGGGGAUGUCUGUUGUGCUGGACCGCCUUGUUCAAACCUUCCUUCAAGAUGAGCGAUACCAUAAUGACCUGCGUUACGUCACUCACUGCGUCAAAUGUGCGAGUUUCUACAGUGACCCGAUUGAGGUGUACAGUCAUCUGCAUGGCCAGGGCAUUGGGACGCAAACGGCAGUGCUGUAUAUUGACUGGGCCCAUCAGUUUGAGAAGAAAGGGUUGCUUGCGCAGACUGAGACAGUGUACCAGAGAGCUAUAGAGAACACAGCCCAGCCACAGGACAUUGUGCUUCAACAGUACAAACUCUUUAAGGGGAGAAUAUCUGCAAAUACUCAAACAGCACAACCAGAUAAUGUGCGGCAGCCACUUCAGAACUCCCAACUUGUCAAUCAGAAUCCCAGACAGAGAGAUGCUGUUCAACUGCAAUGCAAGGAGCCAGAAGAGCCCUCUCCUGCUCCUAGAACAGUGCACAUAAUCUCUCGAUCGGAGAAUAACCCGAGCCGGACGAGCAGCAGUAAUGCGGUGCAGUGUGUGUCCAUGUACUGUGUGGAUGAGCUGAAGUAUGACGGAUCAGAGCUGUCUUUUGAAGAGCUCCGAGCCACACGCUACUUUGCCAAAUGUAAACAGCAGGAGGAACAGCGCAGACUGGCGGAGGAGCAUCGCAGACUGUGGGAGGAUGAGGAGGAGGUGAGGAAGAUGAAGCAGCUCCUGGAUGAUCUGGAGAAGAAUGUGACUCUACAGCCAGAGAGUCACAUGCAGAGAGCCGCACAACGCACUGUUGAAGCCCCGGAGCCAGCAGCAACGUCCCAGCCUCAUACAGGACUGCAGCUCCGCACUGGACAUGAGGUGAAAUCAGACUACACUCUGUACUCCAGACACGUGCCAGAAGCAAGCGGCGCAGUUCGUGGCUUUAGAGAGAGUCUGCUUGAUCCAGGAUCACACAGCAAUGCCAGCACGUCCCUGAUGCAGAGCAGCCACUGUGCUGUCCCGGAGAGCAGAGGAGAUCAUGAUGUAUAUAAACCGGGCGAGGCAGAUGGAGAUGGAACAGCAGACACAUCAUGUGGAGGUUUCAAUCACUCUCACGUUACUCCAAACACAUCACUGGGUUUCAUUCACGCCACACCAUCUCGUGUUCAACCUUCCCCCACUGUCAACACACGAGAGGCUUUGGGUGUGAUCAUGGACAUGUUUCAGGCACCCACGCUCCUCCAGGAGACCAUGUUCAACAGCCUCAUCCAGCCUGAGGACAGCUUUGAGAAGAGCUGCAGAAUAACUGGUAGUGCCCCCUUGUGUGUUAAACCGCCCAGCAUGACUCCAUUCAUGAUUUUCCAGGACAAAGCUGAGCAGGAGAAUGGAGGUUCUGAUGCGGCUGUGAAAAGAACCAAUCCAGCCGUGAGCAGAGCGCUGACGGAAAUCCCAGUAUCCAAAGCCAAUGACACUCCAGUCAGCACUGAGUCUAUAACAGAUGAGAGUACCGUAUGGGGCGCUCGUAACGUCUCAGUGGGCCCGUGUCCCAACCACACCUGUGAUUUCGCCCUGUCUGCUCAUCUGGUGUCCACACCGCUCCACCCUCAUGCUCCUCACUCAUGGGAUAUGGAGCAGGAGUCAGAGGAAAACAUGCCACUCAGAGCUGUUGGCUGUCCUGAGGAAAAUCCAUUCUUGCGGCAGCCCACUAAACUCAGUCCUAUCAUUGAGCAGAGUCCAGUGGAUGAGAAGGCGCCAGAGGUGGCCGAGUGCAGCAUGCGUGCUCAAGGUACUAUUGUUGGAGAGGGCGUGUCUUUGGCUCAUCAGAGUCAGGGGCUUUCUCUGGCCCAACACAGCCAAAUGACUUGCAGCAGGGACCCGCUGGCUGCCCUGUCCUUCCCCGAUCAAACAGACCUGAGGGCGGAGGAUGAGCCCAUGAAGUCCAUCAACAUAAGCACCAGACCCAGCUGGAGCAUCUAUCAGUGCCCAGAGAAAGAGCCAGAACCAGAUCCGAUGCAAUCUAAUGUAUUUGCCCCUAAUAGAGAUGUCUCAGUACAUGAAGACGUUGUUGAUGUUCUCAUGCCAAAGAGGUCCUUUCACAGGCAAGAUUCAGGGAGGAAGCCUUUGAAGAGUCAGGAUGUUGUCAGCAGGUCCCUCUGUGAGCAAGAUGUCCUGAUGAGUCCAAAACAUGCUCCUGGACUGCACUGGUUACAGAUGGACAGCUAUGCACAUACAACAGAUCCAGAUCUUGAUGUCAUGAUGAGUCCGACCUCUGGAGCAGAAUGGAGCGUCAUCACCAAGCCUGCCUGGGCCAUCUACCAGAGUCCAGAGAAAGCACCCGAACCACACGUCCUGUGGGCAACGAAUCCAGAGCCAAUGGCAGAGCAGCAUUUAGACAUGCUCUCAGCUCCUAAAGAUGUACCAUUUCUCCUUCCAAAGAAAUCAUUCCAGCGGCGAAGAUCUGGGGGGAAGGCUCUGCAGUCGUUUCAUGAAUCUCUCUUAAUGAGUCCAACGCAAGCCUCUAAACCAGUUCAGGAAGAACCCAUGAGUCCAGACCUAGCAUCAAGUCCAAAGUGGCUCUGCACAGACAGCCCUCAACGGCUGACGGAACCAGAUCUGGAUGUUGCCAACCCACCACAGAGCUCCAAGAAAAUCUCUUUUCCUGCGGUAGGAAGUGCAAUGCUUCUGCUGAGUCCGGCUCAGAAGGCUGUCGGUGGAGUGGAGGUUCCUAUGAGCCCCAUGGACACAUCCAGACCAGUCUGUGUGAAUCUGGUGUCAGAUCCCUGGGAUGAGGACCUGAUAGUCUCCCUGCUGUCGAACCUGCAGCCUCCUCUCUCUUCCCAUCCCAACCUCACUGUCUGGAGCUGUCGCCUGCCCACCAUCACUCCCAAAAUGACUGUUCAGAUUGCAGGAGAGUCACUGCGGGUGGACUUUGUUCUCGGACAGGGGGCUUUUGCCACAGUAUACCAGGCCACCAAUCUGAUGACAACACAAAAACUCUUUCUGAAGGUGCAGAAGCCAGCGAAUCCCUGGGAGUUUUACAUCGACAGUCAGCUGAAUGGCCGCCUGCAGCCCAGUGUACGGCAUCUCUUCAACACCAUACACUCGGCUCACCUCUUCAUCAAUGGCAGCGUCCUCAUCGGAGAGCUGCACAACUGUGGCACACUACUGAAUGUUAUUAACCUGUAUAAGAGCCGCAGUGAGAAGGUGAUUCCUCAAGCUCUAGUGCUCUACUUCACUGUCUGCAUACUGCACAUGGUCGAGCAGCUACACCAGGCCAACAUCAUACAUGCUGACAUCAAACCUGACAACUUCCUGUUGGGAGAGAGGUUUCUGGAGAAUGACUGCUUUGAGCAGGAUAAUCUACAGCACGGUUUGGCUCUCAUUGAUCUGGGUCAGAGCAUUGAUAUGACACUCUUCCCAGAAGGCACAGUGUUCACUGCCAAAUGUAUGACAUCAGGCUUCCAGUGUGUGGAGAUGCUGAGCGGGCGACCCUGGAACUACCAGACCGAUUACUUUGGCAUUGCGGGAACGGUCUAUUGUAUGAUAUUUGGGACGUACAUGCAAGUUAAAAAUGAAGGUGGAGUUUGGAAAACAAAUGGAGUGUUCAAAAGGAACAUUCAUGCUGAUCUCUGGCAGGACUUCUUCCACACACUGCUGAACGUGCCGGACUGCAACUCUUUACCAUGUCUGCACAGUCUUCGUCUGCGUCUGAACGCAGUCUUGCAGGAGAACUACAGCAACAAACUGCGCAGCCUGAAGAACAGAAUGGUGAUCCAGAUCCUGGAGUCUCAGUCCUCGCGCAGAUGAACACUCCUCAGAAUUGCUCUUGCUGAAUUCCUGCUGGAAAGUUUUAGUUUGCUUUGAAAAAGGACAAGAUGUCUGACAGGCUUCAUUGAACAGUAUUUUGCAAGCACUGCAGCUGUUGUAGGUGGGACGUUGCCUGUGUUUGUCAGCGUAAAAUGAUUUGGUUAAAACUGCAUUUGCUUUUUCUUUGCAUUUCACUGAGAUUUAUAUUUUGAUUAAAUUGUAAAAAAAAAUAAAAUAAAAAGGAAUUGAAUCCUUUUGUAAUAAAUCUUGUUGAAUCACAAGCACACUUGCUGUGAACGGUUCCUGUGUGACACACUAGAUGACACUGUUGGAC